CAUCGAGGCCUCAAACCUGGACCCGGAGGUGAUAAGAUAAACCCGCACGGUGUGCACUGAUAAACGGCCAUUCUCGAACGGACGGUACGGCUGGCUGAACUGUGUGUCGUUUCUCGAUCAGCAGGUUUCUAGUGUUCCGCACGGGUCCCUGGGGAUCACCGCCAGUUCCGGUGGCAGGUCUCGCACGAAACUGUCGAUCGAGCCAGCGAGCCCCAAAAAAGUGUCAAAAAGGCGUGGGGCAAAUUAUCCCCGUGCAAAGUGAACCGGCACGAGUGUUAGAAAACAAAAAGGGAAACAAGAGUGUCCGCGGAAAACAAAUUGCGGUGCUAACGGCGCGCCGAAUGACAUCAUCCCUGCGGCGGGCGGGACGUCCAAAAUUUUAAGCAACCACACACCACAUCCGGUUUCGCGGUGUCCAAAAUGACCGAUCUGUCGUACGAAAAUGGCGGCUCGACGAGCAGCAUCUACGACUACCCGGAGCAUCUGAAUCCGUUCUACGAGGACGAGAACCACAAGCGGCUACGCUUCUGGAACCCCAAGCCGGCGGCCCACGGCCGGUCUCAGCGCCGCGGUAGCCUGUCGAGCUUGCGCGACGGACUUCGCGAGCUGUGGCUAUACUCAUCGGUGCGCUUCGGCAAGAAGCGCUCAUCGACGCUGGGGAUCAACAAAACGUCGGAGAGUCCACCACCGCUGCGAAGGGAUGCGUACGAAGCUGAUACGUACGCCACCGUUGCAAGUAGCAGCGCGGCCGGCUACCGGAACACCGUCAGCGUCCUUCCCGGGCGCGACUCGGUGCGUGAAAGCCAGUCAUACACCACCACCCCGCUAUUUGUGCGUCACUCGCGGUACCGCACCUCGCUUCAAGAUCGUCCAAAGGAGAACGACGAAAUUGGGUUCACGCGAAACGACCGAUACCGCAGCACCAUCCAAAACGGGUUCUCAACGUACAGUACCGGAAUGGUGACAUCCACCCCGCGGAAAAAGAAAGUAGCUCCGGCCCUACCGUACGGCACCACGCCACGGGUACCGCAGCAGCACCACAGCAAUCCGUUCGAUGACGAAAUGGACUACGAAACCGAUACGAUGUCCACGAUCAGCAUGGAUGAUAGCGCUUCCUACAGUGAAACCUUGAGAUCACGCAAAACUGGGACUAAAACACGCACCAAGCGAAGGGCUCCGCCACCGCCGCCCGUCACCGUGUCCCCAUCAUACCAUCCACACGCGAUCGACGUUUCUACGCCGGAGGACACCCAAAACGAGGACCUACGGAAUCUGACGGCCGAGAUUGAAAGUUUCGUACGGACCACGGCUGGCGGUGCCAACGGUGUCAGCAGUGAGUCGCAAACCACCAACGUCACCGCUGUGCCAACAAACGGUGGUCCGUCGAGCUACGAUUUAAACAAUAAUAAUGCUCAACCGACGGAAAUCCCGACGACCGUGUCGACGAUCGAGAGCGAAUUGGUGGUGCAGGAAGCUCAAACAGCUCAAGUUGUUAAUGUUCCUAAGGAAUCGAACGUAUCGACAACGGCAGAUGCGACCGUUAGCCGUACCGAAACGGGCUCACUUCCCAACGGUGCCAAUGUUCCUAAGGAAAGGAUUGUCGUGGCAUCGACAGAGAUUGUGGAAAAUCGGGGCCAAGUAAAGGCAAUAGAACCUGUGCCAUUAGAAGAACCCCAGCGGGCUGACGUUGCAUCUUCAGCCGUGGUCAGCAGCAUGGAGAUUGAAACGGUGAUCGAAUCAAAUGCCGCCCGGCUAAGCCCAACACCUGUGCCGAGGAAGAAGUCGGAGAAAAUGGAAAAACAAUCGGAACCAGUAGCAACCGAACCAGCGGCCCAGCCAACGAAUCCUGUUGCCACCCGGGAGGUUGAGAUCGAUUUUGAACAGCUAGCCCUUCCGGCCACUCCUGUCCCGACGAGACGAUCGAACCGUGAAAGGUACAUGGCGCAGCAGGUUACUAAGGUGGCGGAAAGGCCGGUGGUACCGAAGCCCAUCUUGCCACCGCCGACAGACGAUGACGACGAAGAGGGCCCGACGACGACGAUCAUUGUGGACAAUUUGCAGUACAAACUGAAGGUGGCACCGAUCCACACGGAGAUUGACACGAAGAUCGAGUCCGCUCGGAUGAAGAUCAGCGAAUCGACGGGCAACAUUACAACGGCCGUAAGCGAAAAUGGGACGACCGAGCGGCGCCGCUCCGUCCGGGACAUCAUUGAGUCGAUCAACAAGAGUCAGAGCAUGCUAAAGUUCAACCACGAUCAGUCCAGCAACAGCCUGCACUCCACCCAGUCCACCGAUAGUAUGGUGCGCAACAUCCGCGAGCUGAACGAACGGGAAAAGGAGAUACAAACGCUCCUGCAUGAUAUCGAUAGCUCAUACGGAUCGGGCGGUUACCCGCAGACCACGCCGGCCGGCACGUCUCAGGACGAUGGGGCAGCCCACGGUGGGGUCCUCCACAUCCCAACUGGACGGGGAUCGUACUACGACAAUUUGACGGACGAUAAUCUAAAUGCGAACCUCGAUGACAGGAACAAUGCGUACGGUGCGGCCGGUGGUCGGGUGAAGAAGAGCCCCACCAAAACGCUGACCCUUGGCGAAGCGAACGAAGAUCAGCAGUUCCAGGACUGCAUAAACUGGAAUCCGGUACCGAAACCGAGGCGCAGUCAUGCCCUGGCGGAGGGCAUAACGGCGAUGGGCGAACUAUCGUCCCGGACCGCAACCAACGCCUCGUAGACGGGAAAAUGUACUUCGGAUGCUUCGAACUGCAGUGUUGCUUUUCUAUUCGCCGUUUCUAGUUUCGAUACCGUUAGGUGUGUGAUUGUGCUUUAGGCUAAAAGUAGAAUAAAAUUCAUGUUCCGUUGUACUUUAUUUAUAG